CUCCCACCGUCAUUUGUCUCUCUUUUAAACUGGAGCCAAUCAUAUUGCCGAAUUUCCUUCCGAUACGACAUUGGAUUUAAAAUUCAGAGCAGCUGCGUUAACUUGGAGAGGGUCGCCAUGGGGCAAUACGGCGCCAGGUUCGUCCUGUUCCGUACCAGUUUUACGGUGAAUGAGAGAAAAGGCACACCUUCUGGCUAGACAAGGGCAGAAACUACACAGAAAUGAGUUUGGGAGGCUGAGAAGAUGUUGGGAUGGGAUCCAUCUCGUGUCUUUGGAGAGAGGAGUGAUGCCAGGCGCGCAGAGGCAACAAGGACUCGUUGUUCACCAACUGUUUCAAACUUCUGUCGCUUUUUACAAGUUUUGUGAAUACGUUUUGAAAACCGGCAUGCCGGAGCACAUCGCCGUCCUGACGAACAGCACAGAAUUAGGGCACGUCGGUCGCGCGUUGGACUCGAGCGCGCGCCCUGCCUGGGCGGUCGCGGUGCUGGCCAGCGUGCUGAUCUUCACUACUGUGGUGGAUGUUUUCGGUAACCUGUUAGUCAUCAUUUCGGUGUUCAGGAAUCGUAAACUAAGAAAUGCUGGCAAUGUAUUUGUGGUCAGUUUGGCUUUCGCUGACCUAGUGGUAGCUUUCUAUCCCUAUCCGCUGGUGUUGUAUGCCAUCUUCCACGACGGCUGGUCUCUGGGAGACACCCAGUGCAAGGUGAGCGGCUUCCUGAUGGGUCUGAGCGUGAUCGGCUCCGUUUUCAACAUCACCGGCAUUGCCAUCAACCGCUACUGCUACAUCUGUCACAGUUUUGUCUACGGUCGUCUCUACAGCUACCGUAACACGCUGCUGCUGGUGGCCCUCAUCUGGACCCUCACCGUUUUGGCCAUCCUUCCCAACUUCUUCGUGGGUUCAUUGAGUUACGAUCCACGGGUUUACUCCUGUACCUUCACCCAGACCGUCAGCAGUUCCUACACUGUGGUUGUGGUGGUCGUUCACUUCCUGGUGCCCAUCGCCGUAGUUACUUUCUGUUACCUGAGGAUUUUCGUUUUGGUGAUACAAGUGAGGCGGAAAGUAAAGAGCGAGGAACGGUCAAGAUUGAGGCCGAGUGACUUGCGCAACUUUGUCACCAUGUUCGUCGUGUUCGUUUUAUUUGCCAUAUGUUGGGCUCCGCUGAAUAUGAUCGGGCUCGUGGUGGCCAUUGACCCAGAGGCCAUGGCUCCACAUAUCCCAGAGUGGCUUUUUGUGGUAAGCUACUUUAUGGCCUAUUUCAACAGUUGCCUCAAUGCCAUCAUUUACGGACUCCUGAACAGGAACUUUCGUAAAGAGUACAAGCGAAUUGUGACGUCGGUGUGGAUUCCCAGACGGUUUGGGACUGAAACUUCAAGGGCAGUCACGGAUGGGAUAAGGAGCAAACCUUCACCUGCCAUUAAUAACAAUGAAUGACUAUUGAGACAAUCACUGUUCACUCAUUUAAAGAGGAAUUAUGGGAAAUGCUUUAAACUUGACACUUGACAUUUUUUUUAUUCUAUGACUCAGGGUUAUUUCUGAUUUCCAAGCAUAAUUAUUGACCAAAUAUUUAUCUCAACAACUGUAUUUUAAAUUUAAAUUAAAUGAAGUAACUUUCAAGUCCAUAGAUGUGAAUCGUUUUCUGAUUGGUGGCUUGUAUUUAUUAAGGAACGUUUUUGUACAUUUGAUGUAAGUCUGUUGUGUAUGUGUAUGUUGUAUAAACAGUAUCUGUUAACCAUUGCCAAUUCAAAAAUCCUGCCUUACACUCCAUCUCAAACAAACAUGUGAAUAUUUCUAGUGCCAAACAUACUGUAACAGGUCCAAAAUACUUGACUGGUUGUGUUUGGUGUUUAUAUGGACCAAAUGCAUUUCUAAAAAAACAAAACAAAAAAGAUGAGCUUCCAGAAGGCACAGCAAGGUUAAGCACAACUUAAAAAAAAAAAACACUGUGUGUAUUCUGUUGAGGCAAAUUUGGAUUAUUCAAAGUGAAUGGGUGACUGCGUGCUGUCCACAUCAAAUGUCAUUCAUGACAUUUCAUGACUUUGGGCUUUAUUACUUUCCCAAGGAAAAAAAGAAAGAAAUACGCACGGCACCGAAAUCAUUAAUUUCUUCAACAAAUGUUCUGUGAGCAAAGUGCAGCAGGCAUUUAGAUUAAGUUAAAGGUUACUGCCAAAGGAAAAAAGUAUUAGUGUUUGCCAUUACCAGGACCUGAAUUGAAUGUAUUAUUGAUAUCUGUGCUUGUUUUCACUUGAUUUGACAGCGUGCAGUUUAAUCUGCCCGUCAUACUGUAUGAGACGUACCAUGCAA